CCAGGCUUUGCCCCCCCCCUCCACCCUCCCCAUCCCCCUCCCCCGCGCGCAGCCGAUCGCGCGCGCGCGCGCCAUGGCGCUGUCCCAGGAGGAGAUCGAUGCGAUGCGGGCGGAGAACGAGAGCCUCGGCAAGGCUCUGGAGGAGGAGAAGCAGAAGAGCGCCAGCAUCCAGCAACGCAUGAAGGAGCGCACCAAAGAGAUGUUCCAGAAGAUGAAGGACGAGAGCAACUCCAAGGUGCAGGAGCUGUCCGAGCAGCUGGCGAAGGUGCAGGAGGAGCUGUCCGAGGCCAGACUGUCCGAGGAGCGGUCUCGGGAAUCAGCCGGCUCGACCGCCGCGGCCGAGGCGGAGCAGUUGAGGCAGCAGGUGUCCGAUCUGCAGGCGAUGAUUCGCUGGAUCUUCGCUUCCAGGGCAACGAUCCCUGAUGAAUAA